UGAUGAGACCAAGGCUAGCUCCUCAACCCCGCUACGACCGCGUACCUGCGUCAGCGACCGCUACGAACAGCAACAACAACCACAACAACAAUCGACGCCCAACAAGAUGCCCUUCCCCUUCGUCCUACCAACGACUUCCAGCAUAUCAUUCACCGACUAUUUCAACAGCAGCACACAUCCAUCCCUGCCAAACUGCGCAACCACUGCGCGAGGCGUCCUUCGUGACGUGCUCAAGCGACACAAGCGCAUACCUCCUGCCUCACAAGCCUCGAACCUCUCCACGGUAACAUCCGCCCUCAACGAUUACAUACCGUACCUGUUCGCCCUCGAUGCGGGUCUGAGCGGUGCAAGCUGCGCGGGAGAAGAGAUCGACCUGAUCUUGGUCAAAGAGCUCGAGGUGGAAUGGCGCUCGACACUGGGAUCCUCAAUACCGGGCCGCGAACCUGCAAGAGUAAAGCUCAAGAGCCUUGAGAGCGAGCUAUGCUACACACUCUCCACAUUGGCAUACGUAUACAGCCUCCAGGCUCGAGCACAACUACAUACGCUCUACAACGCGACCGUACCCUCGCCCGAACAACGCGCGACGGCCAUUGGUGCUGCUAUGAAGCACUUUCUUGAAGCCAACUCUAUACACACAUACUUGUUGAACCGAUCAGGCCAGUAUAAUUCACAGCCUGCCGCCAUAGACAUAUCAGCAUCCGUGCUGGGAGCGUUGGCGGAGCUGACCAUGGCUGAAGCUACACUUAUUACGGUGCUGAAAGAUGACCCGUACCCAGCUGUGGUGAUAGAAGACAGGAACAAGCAAAGUAAAGACUGGAUGUUUAGAGGGUCCGAUAUACCCAAGGUCCGCGCCCAUCUCUUCGCGCGACUGUGCCUUGCGUCGUCCGAACACGCUGCCAAAGCUCAAGCUAUGAUGGGACGGUCUUCCAAGGUCAACGACGACCUGCUGAAAUACGUGGAUGACUUGCGACGCACGGCAAAGGGUAAGGCCUGUCGGUUCCUCGCCUGUGAUGCUGAAGCGGGUGGUAAAACAGGAGAGGGCAUUGCGUGGCUACGGGGCGCAAAGAAGGAGCUUGGCUUUGCCUCGCUAGGUGCCGAGGAAGAGAAGAAGUCGUCUGGUUUCUCCAAGCUAAAAAAGGAGUGGCAAGAGAAGAGAGAAGAUCGUAAGAUUGAAAAGGGUGUAGACUGGGGUACUGAUGCCGGCAAAUUCGAAGAGGGUCGGAUUGUUGACAUGUUGCUGAAGAAGUGGGAAAAGCAAAACGACACUGUUGGCGUCCAACUGGUGCCUCCCUCGGAACCGUUACUCGCAAGCAUGCCUUCUGGGCGCGAGUAUCACACAACGAAGAUGUUCAUUGUACCAGCGUUAGACGAGGACGCUUUGGUUCGCAUGCGGGCGCCUCCAGACCCGAGCGAGCCUUUCGAAGGCGCUGAAGAUGAUAGCGCGGACGAGGACGAACGCAGUCCUCCCGCUGGCGCUUUUCCAGGUACAAAAGCGGACUAUGCACCAGGAUCCGCCUACUACUGAGUCAUGGAGACAUCUAAUGCGAACGAUAUGAUUGAUGAGUUGCGCCAACCAGGUUGCGUCAGCUUGUCUGCCUACGUGAUUGGUUCAUGUCCCAUACCCAAGAUCUCUCCAAAACGCCUCAACUUCACCCGAAACGUCCCUCUGCACUCUGCCUUUUUCCCAUACAUUGUCUGAUUUGUUCAACAUCUCGCUCCAUUCAUUCAAUAAAUCUCCCCUCUUUCCACGCCCAGCAAAGUGGACCAGAUAAUCGCCUCUUCUUACAUGACGUUUGUCUAACCCUUCCACGUCCUCUCUCUCUUCGAACUUUUGUGCUCCGCCUUCUUCGUACCCAUUGAACCAAUGUUGUGGUACGAAGUGCGCUCCAUCUCU